AUGCUUGGAUUCGACCUCCAACACACUACAGCUUUUAGACCAGAGUCUAAUGGCUCGCUUGAACGCGCUCACGCAGUUAUUAAAGACUUCCUGAAGACCCAACUCUCUCGAGAAGAACGCUGCAACGAACAUUGGAGCAGGUACCUGCAAGGAGCCGUAUUCACAUACAACUCAACUACCCAUUCAUCAACGGGAGUUACACCUUACUCACUUACGUUUGGCAAAGACCCACCCCUCAUGAAUCAAUUGGAAGAAGAACCGGAAGCUACCUACUUGGAUUUGGUAGAACAAAUGCGAGUACAACUACAACGAAUGCAUAAGCAAGCUGCUGAAGCAAUUAUUGCAAGCAAGGAACGAACCAAGAAAACGGUUUGA